AUGCUAAGAAGCAAGCUGACGGAGAGGAGAUAUAGAAGAAGGUUGGUCAACAUCUGGAAUGAGAGGAAUAACACCCCCCCAAACAGAGCAGAGGCUGGCAGACCAAGUAAGGAACAUAAAGAAAAAGAACUGGCUCGCCCCAACGAAAGAGAGGAAUUGGAAAGUGAAAUGACACAUGGCAACGAAUCACAAGAAGACGAACUGAGAGACGAUGCCACAGAAGAUGACGAGGAUAAUGAGAGUUUGUCUGCAUAUUCGUUGGGCAGGCCUCGUAACUCCUUCUGCCCGCGCCGCAAAUCCCUCCGCCAAGAGUUUGAGGAAACACAAUUUGGGGAACCAGAGUUUGAGGAACAAAAAAUUGAGGAACCACAAUUUGGGGAACCAGAGUUUGAGGAACAAAAAAUUGAGGAAGCACAAUUUGGGGAACCAGAGUAUGAGGAAGCACAAUUUGAGGAAUCACAGAUUGAGGAACCAGAAUUUGAGGAAUCAGAGUCUGAGGAACCGGAAUUUGAGGAACCAAAGUUUUAG